GAGCGGAGACGAGGAGUUUCCGUUAUCUCUUUAUCUCUCUCUCCUUCUUUCUUUCUUUCUUUCUCUUCACAGACACAACAAACAAAGAAAGAUAACAAUAAAAAAUCGCACAGCUCCUUGUCCGCGCGACGAAUCUGAUUAGGGUUUUUGAGAAUCUUCACACACACCUUCGUGUUUGAAUUUAGCGAUAUCGGAAUCAGCUGCAAAAAAAAGACAUGAUUUCUGAUUCGAUCACCAACGCAUCUGCUUCUGCAGCCCCAAGCGCGAGGGAUAUGGGGAAGAAGAAAAGGCAGACGAACAGGGCGGCGAAAUUGAAACAGAGCAAGCUUGGUCUCCGCCGUGAGCAAUGGCUUUCUCAAGUUGCGAUGAUUAACAAAGGGGAUAAGGAGGAGACGUGUCCCAAUCGAAAAACUGGAAAUGGAAAAACUGUUCUUCCGGUUGAGAACUUAGAAGUGCAGCGUGGAGGAGAAGAAGAAGCACAUCAUCACGAGAGCUUUAUUUCGAAUAGCCCCAACAGUAUCCUCAAUUCAAUCCCUGAUUUUAGCAGCGGGAGUAGCAGUGGGAGUGGUGGCUCUUGCUCUGGUAAUAUAACAGAGGAAGAAGAAGAGGAUGCUGCUGCUGAUGAUGAUGACAACGACGACGGUUGCUUGGAUGACUGGGAGGCUUUUGCUGAUGCUUUAGCAGCUGAUGAAGAAAAAAAGCAUGAGAAAGUGAAUCCUCCUCCUGAAGAGCAUGAGAGUGUCAUCAAGCAAUCAGCUUCGCUUAGGGAUUCAUCUGAUGUGAAGCCUGUAAGGAAGCAAAAGAGCAACCAGGCGUGGAGGGCAGACGAUAAGCUCCGUCCUCAGGGUCUGCCUAAUCUGGGGAAGCAGCGUAGUUUCCCUGUCAUGAACAUGCAUUUUAGUUCCGUGGCAGUGCCGUCUUCAUGCCCCAUUUGCUACGAGGAUCUGGACUUGACGGAUUCUAGUUUCUUGCCAUGCCCUUGUGGGUUCCGGCUCUGCCUUUUCUGCCACAAGACGAUCUGCGAUGGAGAUGGGCGUUGUCCAGGCUGCAGGAAGCCGUAUGAGAAGAACACAGUGAAGGUCGAGACUAGUGUUCACCCUGGUGGUCUGACUAUUAGGCUUGCUCGUUCCUCUAGCAUGUUUUGCAGGUCUUGAAGUAAAGAGGAUGUGGGUUUUCUCGGACUGUGUCUGUCUCUUUGUUUCUCUUUUUUUUUCUCCUUUCCCUUCGCAUGUUCUAUGUUUUUUCACAUGUCUUUAAAAACUCUUUAGAUAUGGGUAUAGCAUUUGUCUUUUGGCACCUAAGAACUAUGAUGUAUGUUCUUCUAUGUCAGUGACACUCUUCUUCGUCUGAAACAUGUGGUUGUGGUGAUGUAGAGUGGUGUGUGUGUGAGUAUAUAAAGUGGUACACGAAAUUGAAAUGCAUAAAGUUACAAUAAGUA